CCGGCGGGGGCCCCCGUGGUCGUCAUGGAGGAUUUGGGGAGUCACCGGUGCCACAACUGUCACAUGAUGUUCCGCUCCCUCCCCCUCCUGGAGAAGCAUCGGGAGAAGUUCUGUAUCGGCAGCCAGAUCGGGGACCCCACAGUACUGCGCUCCCGCUAUGUCAGCUCCCCACUGCCGGGGAGAGAUGGGCCGCGCCUGGCCGCCACCCCUGACUUCACGACACGAGAGAGCGUCGCCCGCCUGAGAGCGCGAGAGAACCGACUGAACGAGAGAGAGCAGCGUCUGAUUGGCGGAUACGACGGGCCGCUGGAUGGCGACAGCAAGGCCUUGAGGAGCCUGACUGAGGAGUUCCACAAGCUGCGGAAGUCUCUGGAAGUCUCCCUCCCCACGCUGCGCUCCUUCCAGGGGGACCCCGGCCUCCAUCCUCCGUGGGACAGGGAGUACCGGGACCGCAUGCUGGAGAUGGCGGAGGCUCACGACCGGCAAUUGGCGGCUAUCCAGGCCCGGAACCAGGCGCUGGAAGUGCAGAGAGAAGUGUCCGGCACCAGCACUUCCAGCAGCCACAUAGAGCAGAUGUUGUUGGAGCUGAAGGCCCAGGAAGAGAAGAACCAGCUGUCUCUGGAUGCUCUACGAGACCAAGUCACUCUCAUCCAAUCAGAGGCCAGGGCAAAAACGGAGAGAACGCCAAAAGAGCCGCCGGCCAGCCAAUCAGUGACCAAGGAGAAGUCACCUCUGACCUUCCUGCCAUUUCCUGUGCGCGGGGGCAGCUUGUCCUCCGAGAUCAGCGCCCUGCAGCUGGCGUACGUGCAGAGCGGGGGGAGCGAGCCGGUAGUCCUGGCGCAGAUGAGGGACCUGCAGGCCGAGGUGUUGGCGUUCGAAGAAAUGACGUACAAACAGGAGCGCAAUGAGAAGAAAAAGAGGCGUCAUGAUGUGGCCCCUCGGGCCCCGGACGUGGAGCUGAUGGCGGUGGAGAUGGAGAAUCAGCGCCUAGAGGAGGAAAUCUUCAACCUGAAGCUGCACAGAAGCCGGAAGAAGGUGGACAGAGCGGACUCGGAGGCGGCGGAGGUGCAGCGGGAACACGUCCAGCAGAUGGCGCAGCUCCAGGCUGAUAUUGAAAUGCUCAGACGGGAUGUCAGCAGGAUGCCUCCGCGAGGGGUGCAGGGACCCCCACCAUUCCAACCUCCCCCCAUCCCCCCGCCCCAAUCACUGCACCCCAACAGGCAGCCCAUUGGGAGACCCGAGCCAGCUGUAAUGAUGGGGGCGCAGGAUUCGAUGCGUCCUCCGAGCCCGGCCGGGAACAGACAUGUACUGGAGCCCCUGGAUGCUCUGGGACCAGCGCCCUACGAUCCCGUGGCCGGCUUUGUCAUCUUCUACGACUUCCUCCUGGGACUGGACCCGACCUUCCAGAAGGUGCGCCUGCUGAGCGGCCUGUACAGCAACGGGCACCGCAUGGGCCAUUCGUCCUCCCUCCCGGAUGUCCUGUGUGAGGUGUGGAACUCCCCCCAGCACGUGGCAAAUGUCCCCCGAGGAAACGUCGCCAUGUUGUCUGCCAGACAGCCCAUACCCAGGGUCCGGCCCACCUCCUCCAUCGCUCUGGUCACGGAGCUGCAGGCGGCCGGCGGCUUCAAUCUGUACGGUCAGGAGGUCCAGCACUUGUCCUCGUGCGGCUGGACCAAGCUGGACCUGUUCGAUCACCAUAACCAAGUCCUGAGCGGCCGAUGGAAGCUUCCUGUGAGAGGACUGCCGCUGCGACCGGGCCUGAGCACCGGACAGCUGAACACCGUGCCGCAGGUCGGAAAAGCCGAACUUUACCUCCGAAUCGUCAACGCGCGGGACGCAGAGCUGCAAUCCAUGGCGGAGAUUGACCCCAGGAACUCCUCCCUCUACCAGUACCCUCCAUUGGUGCCGAGUCCAGCCGCGCCAAUCACCGACAACCCGGCGCCAAUGCUGCCGUUCCAGCAGCCGCCCAACUCGUUCCAGCUGUCUCUGUCCCCGUACACUGACUAUGUGGACCCGCCACCGGUGCAGGAGAUAACAAGUCAGCAAAGAGCCAAUCAGAGGUGAGACCCUGCGCGGAACCGAUCCAGGCUCCUCCCAGUGACACUUUCUACCUAUCCACUUCUGAGUUGGACAGUCACAUGACGUGUAACCCGGGACACAGGAAAGAUAUCAGUCUGGACUCUCGCACUACCUCUGUG